UGGUCAUCAUCACUCACGCACUACCGGCCCUACUGGCUCAACCAGCCGUGUUCUAGACACCGACCAUCCGGAUUGCUAUUGGUCCUUUUUAAACUGUUCUCCUCAGCAGCUCAUGCACGGCGGCAGCAACACCCACUCAGGUUUUAAUUAUCAGACAUUCAUCGCUGACUGGCUGCUGUCUGUUGUUCAAAUGUUGGGAGACAAGGCUCACGGUGUCACUUUGAAGGUUAUGGAAUACACAUAUGACGAUGACCUGGAAGAGCUGUGUCCUGUGUGCGGAGACAAAGUGUCUGGAUACCACUACGGCCUGCUCACCUGCGAGAGCUGCAAGGGCUUCUUCAAGAGGACAGUGCAGAACAACAAGAGGUACACAUGUGCGGAGAACCAGGAGUGUAAAAUAGACAAAACCCAGAGGAAGAGAUGUCCGUUCUGUCGCUUCCAAAAGUGCCUCAACGUCGGGAUGCGGCUAGAAGCGGUGCGUGCAGACCGCAUGCGUGGGGGGAGGAAUAAAUUUGGCCCCAUGUACAAGAGAGACAGGGCCUUGAAGCAGCAGAAGAAGGCUUUGAUACGAUCCAACGGGUUCAAGCUGGAGAGCCCGGCUCCUCCACCGGCCUCUCCUCUUCAGACUGACUACGGAUUCACCGGCACCCUGCACAGCCUGCCCACCAUCUCCAAAAGUCUGCUUCCCUCCACCCCGAGCUCCAUCACCCCUACAGAGUACGAGGCCAACCUCUAUGGACCGCCAUCCCUGGGCAUGGCCAUGCAGUCCCACGUGCCCCUCAUCUCUCAGUACCAGUACACAGCCUUCCCUGGCAGGGCGAUUAAAGCCGAAUGUCCCGACUACACCAGCUCCCCUGAGUCUCUGACCGGAUACCCCUACCCAGACAUGUACCCCUCGGCCUCGCCACAGCCGCCCAGCCUGCCACCGCUGGUGUUGGAGCUGCUGCGCUGCGAUCCAGACGAGCUGGUGGUGCAGAAUAAGAUCGUAGCUCAUUUGCAGCAGGAGCAGAGUGGCCGGGGCCGGCUGGACAAGCCCAGCACCUUCAGCCUCAUGUGUCGCAUGGCAGAUCAGACUCUAUUCUCCAUAGUGGAGUGGGCUCGGAGCUGUAUCUUCUUCAAGGAGCUCAGGGUGGGAGAUCAAAUGAAGCUGCUCCAUAACUGCUGGUCUGAACUUCUGGUCCUGGAUCACAUCUUCAGACAAGUGCAACAUGGACAGGAAGACAGCAUCCUGCUGGUGACCGGCCAGGAGGUGGAGCUGUCGUUCAUCCUGUCCCAAGCUGAGGCAACUCUGUCCAGUCUGGUCCAGAGAGGGCAGGAGCUGGCGGCGAGGCUGCGGGCGCUGCAGCUGGACCGCAGAGAGAUCGCCUGUCUGAAAUUCCUUCUCCUCUUCAACCCCAAUGUGAAGCUGCUUGAGGACCAGGCAUUCGUGGAGGGCGUCCAGGAGCAGGUGAACGGGGCUCUGCUGGAGUACACCCUGUCCACCUACCCUCAGUUCCAGGAGAAGUUCAGCCAGCUGGUUGUGCGGCUGCCGGAGCUUCGCUCCCUCAGCACGCAGGCUGAGGACUACCUGUGCUACAUGCAUCUGAGCGGAGAGGUGCCCUGCAACAACCUGCUCAUCGAGAUGCUGCACGCCAAGCGAGCGUGCGUGUGAGGGAUACGCACAGGUGGCGCCCCCGUCCUGUGUUGUUUCUUGAGGUGAAACUGUGUGUGUGGGAGGGAAAGUGUGAGUGGGAUGAAAAAAAUUGAAUGGCGAUAGACAGGUUCAUAUGGGAUCGUCUUCGUGAGGGCUUUUGUUUGAGUUGGAGAGGAGAAAAUGUUUUUUAGAGUUUGGAAUUAUAAAGCUCCAUCUGUACUCAAGGUAGUUACAUUUUGAAUGUUACUGUUUUCAUAUCAAGCAGAGCUACAUUAAUGUGACCUUUGUAAACUGGAUUUUCUACCUUGUUUUCAAAAAAUAGGGAAUUAGAUCUGCCUGUAGAGUUACAUUAUAUCCUCUUUGACCCAUGAAUCCAACACCACGACAAGAUGUUCUCCGUCCCACAGAGCUGCCCAGCAAUCAUUUAGACUCAAAGGACGAGGCUUCAACCUGCAUCAGUGCUGAACAGUCAUGAACACAUUGUGACUGUUGAAGUAUCUGUCCAUAGCUGCAAUCGGCAUCAUUUUUGAAACACCCAUACAUAAAUAUCCUUCUGAUAAAACUGUAAAACUGUCUCCAACGCCACUUUAGGAGUUCUGUUGUAAUCUGUAGAUCUGGUGCUGGGUGGGCUGAUGUUGAACUGUCACAUGACAAAAUGGGACUAUUUGCGUGGAAACAUCUAUUGAAUGCUUGCUGGGUGAGCUAAUGUGCACUUUUCACAAUUGUUAGUGUUAAAUGAGUCGUUUUUGAUCCAAAUGUCAGAUGCCAGUUUAUGAUUCCAGGUUCACCAACACUGUUCCCAGAUUAUUUUUUAUUUUAUUUUUUCAGAUGCAGACAGACUUCAGGAUAACACAGCACACUGUGGUCUCGUCAGACUAAACUAGCACUAUCUCUACACUUGUUCUUUUUGUGCCACCAAUCUAAAAAACAAAAAAAGUAAAUAUGAAAGCUCUUGAAUAUAGUUUUGUUUUAAUCUAUUUAGAUGUUAAU